AUGGAGGAUUGCGUAUUGGCACCAUAUUUUCCAGCAGAGAGAACGCAAGAAUUUCAAGCUGUUCAUAAGGUUUUUGGGGUUAGCAACGUAGUUAAAAUUGUGAAAGAGGUCAAUGAAGAGAGACGAAAAGAGACGGCGGAUUCGUUGGUUUGGGAGGCUGCUUGUAGGCAAGACGAUCCAGUAUUAGGUUGUUAUGGAAAGUACAAGAAAAUUAAGGAAGAGCUUGACUUGUUAAAAAUGCAGCAGCAGCCAUUGACAAAUCAAAAUCUGAACCACCAAAACCAAUUAGGGCAGCAGCAAGGGGUUGUAGUGUAUAACAAGCAGAUGGUUGCCUGGAAUGGCACUAAUGGGAUAAAUAAUAGAGGGAACAACAUUGGAGGAGGGUUCGUAAAUAAUAACAUGGUAAAUUAUUGUCAGGAUAAUUCAAAUUUGAUUUUUGAUUCAAUCCCACAUAAGUAUCGUUGGGAAUAUGUUCAAAAUCCAGAUAAAUCAAAUCAAGAAAGAGAUGCUAGCUCUCUUCUCCUUCUUCCAACCCAGCCACCGCCGCCGCUGCGUCACCAAUACUACCUUCCCGGCCAAUUUGGUCCAGCAAUGGACAACACAGUACUCUUCAUGGGAGAAGAAGAUGAAAAGUACUUUGCUUCUCACGUGAUAAAGUGCAAGGAUGGUUCAAAGUCAUUCAGUAAAGACCGUCUUAAUGACAAUUUCUGUGAUUGUCUUGAUGGGACUGAUGAGCCUGGAACUUCAGCCUGCCCAAGAGGAAAAUUUUAUUGCGGGAAUGUGGGAAGUACACCUAAGUUUAUUUUCUCAUCCCGUGUAAAUGAUCAAAUUUGCGAUUGUUGUGACGGAAGUGAUGAAUAUGGUAGUGGCAUCAAUUGUCCCAACACCUGCAUCAUGGGUGGAAAUUUGGAGUACAAGGCUGGAAAUUAUAUCUCACGUAUUGAUAUGAAAGAAUCGAGUAAGGGAGUUAUUUUGGAGGAAUUAUUCCAGAAGGCUAAAGGUUCCAUAGAUUUGUUCAAGUUGUUAGUGCAAGACCAGCCUUUGCCUAGUUUCUUUAUACAAGACAUUCAUCAGCCAAGCUUGAGAGGAUUUGAACAUGAUAUGGAGGUUGAUGUAUCAAUUAUACUAAAUGUACAAGAGCCUAUGUUGCUGAGGAAGUAA